UAUAUAAACUCUCAUUUCUCUCCCAUUUUUCCUUUCAUUGGAAAAUAGUCCUCUCUUUUCUCUCUCUCUCUCUCUGUCUCUCGCGUCGGUCGUUUCUUUUCUUUUCAUUUCUUUAGGAGGGUGGUCAAUAUGGGGUCUUCGAUUUUGCCAGAUCUCGGAGCUGAGAUCUUGAUCCCCGUUUGCGCCGUUAUUGGAAUUGCCUUUUCUCUUGUACAAUGGCUUCUUGUUUCCAAGGUGAAGCUCUCCCCGGGUCGAGACUCGGGUUCCCCCGGUAACAACGGUGCGGGUGGGAAAAACGGGUAUUCCGAUUACCUCAUUGAAGAAGAAGAAGGUCUUAAUGACCAUAAUGUUGUUAUUAAAUGUGCUGAAAUUCAGACCGCCAUAUCUGAAGGAGCAACCUCAUUUCUUUUCACCGAGUACCAGUAUGUUGGCAUUUUCAUGGUUGCUUUUGCAAUCUUGAUUUUCCUUUUCCUUGGCUCGGUAGAGGGUUUCAGCACAAAGAGCCAGCCUUGCACUUAUGACAAAUCUAAGAUGUGCAAACCUGCUCUUGCCACUGCUAUAUUCAGCACAGUAUCUUUCUUGCUCGGUGCUGUCACUUCAGUAGUUUCUGGCUUUCUUGGGAUGAAAAUUGCUACCUAUGCUAAUGCUCGAACCACCCUGGAGGCAAGAAAGGGAGUUGGGAAGGCAUUUAUUACUGCAUUCAGAUCUGGUGCUGUCAUGGGCUUUCUUCUUGCUGCAAAUGGUCUUUUGGUGCUUUACAUUGCCAUCAACUUAUUCAAGCUCUACUAUGGUGAUGAUUGGGGUGGUCUUUUUGAGGCAAUCACUGGUUAUGGACUUGGAGGUUCAUCCAUGGCGCUUUUUGGAAGAGUUGGUGGAGGCAUCUAUACGAAAGCUGCUGAUGUGGGUGCUGAUCUUGUAGGCAAGGUGGAAAGGAACAUUCCUGAGGAUGACCCUAGAAACCCAGCUGUGAUUGCUGACAAUGUUGGGGAUAAUGUUGGUGAUAUCGCUGGGAUGGGAUCUGAUCUUUUUGGGUCCUAUGCUGAAUCAUCUUGUGCUGCACUUGUUGUCGCUUCCAUCUCUUCUUUUGGCAUCAAUCAUGAAUUGACUCCGAUGUUAUAUCCUCUCAUUAUAAGUUCCGUUGGUAUCAUUGUUUGUUUAAUCACCACCUUAUUUGCUACUGAUUUCUUUGAGAUCAAGGCUGUUAAGGAAAUUGAGCCAUCAUUAAAGAGGCAGCUUAUCAUCUCCACUGUUCUCAUGACUAUCGGAAUUGGGAUUGUUAGUUGGGUAGCUCUUCCAUCUUCCUUUACCAUUUUCAAUUUUGGAGAUCAGAAAGCUGUGAAGAAUUGGCAGCUAUUCUUAUGUGUUGCUGUUGGUCUUUGGGCUGGCCUAAUUAUCGGUUUUGUAACCGAGUACUACACUAGCAAUGCAUACAGCCCUGUACAAGACGUUGCUGAUUCCUGCAGGACUGGAGCAGCGACUAAUGUUAUUUUCGGCCUUGCUUUGGGUUACAAGUCUUGCAUUAUUCCUAUUUUUGCCAUUGCAAUCAGUAUUUUUGUUAGUUUCAGCUUUGCAGCUAUGUAUGGCAUUGCUGUUGCUGCCCUUGGAAUGCUGAGCACCAUAGCUACUGGAUUGGCUAUUGAUGCUUAUGGUCCCAUCAGUGAUAAUGCUGGAGGCAUUGCUGAGAUGGCUGGCAUGAGCCACAGAAUUCGAGAGAGAACUGAUGCUCUUGAUGCUGCAGGAAACACCACUGCUGCUAUUGGAAAGGGUUUCGCCAUUGGUUCAGCAGCCCUUGUGUCCCUUGCCCUCUUUGGUGCCUUUGUGAGCCGUGCUGCUAUUUCAACAGUUGAUGUAUUGACCCCUAAAGUUUUUAUUGGGUUGCUUGUUGGGGCAAUGCUUCCUUACUGGUUCUCUGCUAUGACCAUGAAGAGUGUGGGAAGUGCUGCUUUGAAGAUGGUUGAGGAAGUGCGUCGGCAAUUUAACACGAUCCCAGGUCUCAUGGAGGGCACUGCUAAGCCAGACUAUGCUACCUGUGUUAAGAUCUCUACUGAUGCUUCCAUCAAAGAAAUGAUCCCACCUGGUGCGCUAGUUAUGCUCACACCCCUUAUUGUUGGGAUCUUUUUUGGUGUUGAAACUCUCUCUGGUGUCCUCGCUGGAUCCCUCGUCUCUGGCGUCCAGAUUGCUAUCUCCGCAUCGAACACAGGGGGUGCUUGGGAUAAUGCUAAGAAGUAUAUCGAGGCCGGUGCUUCAGAACAUGCAAGAACUCUUGGUCCCAAAGGAUCAGAACCACAUAAGGCAGCUGUUAUCGGUGACACCAUUGGGGACCCUUUAAAGGAUACAUCCGGACCAUCACUGAACAUCCUCAUCAAGCUAAUGGCUGUUGAAUCACUUGUCUUUGCACCCUUCUUCGCCACACACGGUGGACUGCUUUUCAAGAUAUUGGUUGACAAUGAAAUCAAUGAUGAUGAUGACUAUGAUAAUGGUCAAUCUAGAAAAGAGUUAAGAACUCUUUUGAGAAACAAUGGUGCUGCAGCCGCUCCCUCUUUCUCUAGGGCCGCUAAAACAGUACCCCUUGAAAUCUUAAGUUCAUUGCUGAUUUUGGACACACCCAUAGUCGAAAGGGUCUCAGGGUCAGCCCUCUUUCGCCGGUUGCUGCCGAUUGCCAAUUUUAGGUGCAUAAGCAGAGAUUUCCUUUCUGCUAAACAAGUCAUGAUUACUCAUCAUUGUCUCCAUCCGUCCCUUUCCAAGCCCUCUCUUUCUUUUCUUUCCUCUUCCUCUCCACCUUUCCUCCAACACCUCUCUUUCCUUCCAAAAUCACCUUCAAUAACAAAACCCGUACUUGUCCAUUCCGUUAAACCACUCCAUGUCAAAUGCUCCUCCACCAAUUCCACAUCCCAAUCCCACCCAGACCAUGCACCACCCAUUUCCACCCUCAAGAUUGCCAUCAUUGGCUUCGGUAACUACGGCCAGUUCCUUGCUAAAACUCUUGUUUCUCAAGGCCACAUAGUUUUAGCCCACUCGAGAUCCGAUUAUUCCCACGUAGCCAAAAAACUGGGAGUUCCCUUCUUCUUAAACCCCCACGACUUAUGUGAGCAACACCCAGAAAUUAUACUCCUUUCUACUUCAGUUAUCUCAACCGAACAAGUUUUGAGAAGUCUUCCUUUACAAAGACUUAAACGCUCCACGUUGUUUGUCGAUGUUUUAUCCGUCAAAGAGUUCGCCAGGAAUCUACUCCUCGAUUCCUUGCCUCCUGAUUUCGAUAUCAUUUGUUCGCAUCCCAUGUUCGGACCACAAAGCGCCAAGCAAAGCUGGAAAGACCUCUUCUUUGUUUACGAAAAGGUUAGAAUCGGAAACGAAUCCUCCAGGGUUCAAAGAUGUGAACAAUUCCUUGGAAUUUUUCAGAGUGAAGGGUGUAAAAUGGUGGAAAUGAGCUGCCAGGAGCACGACAAGCUUGCGGCGGGGUCACAGUUUAUGACACACACGGUUGGAAGAGUGUUAGACAUGUUGGGGUUGGAGUCAACGCCGAUUAAUACAAAGGGUUAUGAGACUUUGUUGGAUUUGGUUGAGAAUACUUGUAGGGAUAGCUUUGAUUUGUAUUACGGGUUGUUUCUGUAUAAUAAGAGUGCUUUGGAGAUGGUGGAGAGGUUAGAUUUGGCCUUUGAUGCUUUAAGGAAUGAACUUUUUGGUAGGCUGCAUCACGUUGUGAGGAAACAGUUGUUUGAGAAUGGAGAGAAGGUAAAGAGUGUGCAUGAUAGUAGUUACCAAAAUGGUGCUGCAUCGGCUUUCAGCUCAAAUGCUUUGAGAUAUCAAGAUGUUACUAUACCUUAUGAAUUUAAAGGAAAGAUAUCGGGAAGUGUUGAUGACAAUUCAAAGCUCAAGGUGGCGAUUGUUGGAUUUGGAAACUUUGGCCAGUUCCUUGCAAAGACUCUGGCUCGUCAGGGCCACUCUGUUUUAGCCUAUUCUCGAACUGAUUAUCGAGAUGCAGCUCAGAAAUUGGGGGUUUCUUUCUUCUCUGAUGCUAAUGACCUCUGUGAAGAGCAUCCUGAAGUUAUUCUCUUGUGUACCUCGAUUCUUUCGACUGAAAAAGUUCUCAAGUCAAUGCCUUUUCAGAGAUUGAAGAGAAGUACUCUGUUUGUUGAUGUACUAUCAGUGAAGGAGUUUCCAAGGAAUUUGUUUCUUCAACAUUUACCGCCAGAGUUUGAUAUUCUAUGCACACAUCCCAUGUUUGGACCUGAAAGUGGUAAAAAUGGAUGGAACGAGCUUCCUUUUGUUUUUGAUAAGGUGAGGAUUGGAAAUGAUGAAAGACGGGUAGCUCGAUGUAAUAGUUUCCUUGAUAUUUUUGCAAGAGAAGGAUGCCGAAUGGUGGAGAUGACAUGUGCAGAACAUGAUUGGCAUGCGGCAGGUUCUCAAUUUAUUACCCAUACGAUGGGCAGGGUUUUGGAGAAGUUGCAGUUGGAGUCUACACCAAUUAACACAAAAGGUUACGAGACUCUGUUGAAGUUGGUGGAGAAUACAGCAGGCGACAGCUUUGAGCUUUAUUAUGGGCUUUUCAUGUACAAUGUAAAUGCUAUGGAACAGCUUGAGAGAAUGGAUUUUGCGUUUGAGUCAUUGAAGAAGCAGCUCUUUGGUAGAUUGCAUGGUGUUCUUCGGAAGGAACUGUUUGGAGAUUCAGAGAAGCUUGAGGUAUUGCAGGAGAAAUCAGUUAGGAAAAAUGGUGCAGCACUUUCAUCUUCUCCGGAGAGUGUUAAAAUCAGCUAGCUCUAUGUUUUUGUUUUUAUCCGAUUUCACUUGAUGUUAUUUCUACAUUAUGGUGAUCGGGUCUCUUACUGCUCACUGGAAUCAGCAGGUGAAGGACUUGUUAAUGGUGUACGAACCCCAUGCACGUCAUCGUUGCUGCAAAAGUGAAGUUUCUUUUUAUUUAUUUAUAGAUUUAUUUCUAGUGUACUUCGGGAAGCAAAUGAUGCCUACAAGAGGGUCUGUUUCUGAAUAAUAAGGAAAUUGUAGUUGUAGACUAUAAAAUAAAUAUGAGCACUGAGAUACAGAACAUUAGGACAGGAAGAAUUGUCAGAAGUUGGCAUUGGUGAUAAAUCAUAAUAAUGAAAGAAAUAUAGGUGAUUUGAUUUCAAGUGACGUAGGGCCCCAGGAAUAUGAUGCUUCAAUCAAAAUUUUGUCUUGACUGUAGUUGUUUACCAGAUCCUGAGUUAUCCCUUUGUAGGAGGUAGCAGUUUGUUUUUAUUUUCUAUUAUUCUUUGUAAAGGAGGUGGCCAUUGUUGUAUCACUUAUAUUUCUGUAGCAUUGCCACUCCAUUUUGUUGAGUGUAGGAGCUGUGCCAGAUAAUAUUCCACAUUUCAUUGUGGUGAUUAUUAUAUAUAAGAGAGAAUCCACUGAUGCUACUGAGUUAUUGCUA